UGGAUGCUAAUUUUGAUGUACAGUUCCCUCCGAAACUAUUGGAACACGAGGCCGAGUCAUUAGACGUCUGGGUUCGAGAUGAGAAGAUGGAGAUGAGACGAGAGUUCAGGAUUUCAGUUUUUAUUUCCUGGUGUUUAUGUCUAGACGUGUUAAACACCAUAAAACACAACCUUCCGUAUCAGAACACACCAUUUUUAGUUGAGCAAAAGUAUAGGAACAGAUCAGUCUUAAGGUAAGUAAAUAACACUAAAUAAUUGGUUGCAUUUCCCGUACCUGAAAUAACUGCAUCAAUCCUGUAACUCACUGACACCGUGAUGUUUUAAGAGUGGAUCUGAUGCAUGUCUGAUCUAGGACCACAUACGACACUGGCUAAGGUCUGAUUUGAAAUGAUCCAGCAGUUGGGAAAAGAAUCAGAUCUGUGUGACAUUCAGGCAGAAAAUCAGAUGUGAUGAAGAAAAUAAAGAGAUUGUGUAAGUCACUCUGGAGAAGAGGUACACAGUUGUAGUUUGUCUUUCGGCUGUGUAGCACGGACACCAGCGCUCUUGAGGAAAAUGUGUAACUACAAUGACUGAGGAGAAUAAAAAUUGUUGAUCGACACUGACGCUGUUUCUAAUCACUGCAUGAGUCGCGCAGUAGGUUCUCCUGGAGUUCCAGACAUGUUUGGAGCUGUGUGUAAUUGUUUCAUGUGGCGUCGUGUGUUCUUUAUAUCGUGUGUGUUCUUUCCUUAUCUUUGAUUCUGUGUUUGAACAGUUGAUCGUGUAGCUUCCUGUUUGUAGGAGGACGGACACAGUAACGUAGCUCUGCUGAUCACGCCUGCCUCGUGUUGUCUGUAUAAAGUCUCUGACUCUGAGACUCUUCUGCACUCGUCGUUCAGUGAACAUUGUGUUCCUCUGCUACGUCUGCGUCCAUCAUGAAGUUCCUCAGUGUGGUUCUCCUUCUGCUUCCACUCUCGCUCUGUUUGGCUGUAGUCGUGGAUGAUUUUACUGUGAGCUGUCCAGGGUUCUUCGCUACUCCGAAUCAUGUCGUUUCUCCUCCUACGGGUUUUACUGGGACUCAGUAUAAACGGAUCUGUCAAACUCUAAAUAAUAAAGCUGAAUUCGCGACACUUUAUGACACGACGUACAGGAUCCCAGUUUACUCAGCAUACAGGUUUACCGGACUAAUGAAGUGUAACAGAUUGGACAAGUGGCAUACUGAACCUGAGCUGGAAGUUGGAAUGCAGGAUCAAAACCAGAAAACUUGUCUAGUUAAUCAGGCUGUGAACGGAGAUUAUAAAUAUUCUGGCUAUGAUAGAGGACACCUGGCUCCAGUUUUCCAUGCCACCUCACAGGACUGUGCUGAUGCCACCUUCACGCUGACCAACGCUGCUCCACAGAUCCACUUAUUCAACCAGAAAUGGUCUGAUUAUGCAGAGAGUACCGUGGCUAAUGUACUGAAUACAGAUUGCAUUAAUGUAGGCCUGCGUGCAUUUGUAGUAACUGGGGUUGUGCCGGAUAAUAAAAAAAUGAAUAAUAGAGUGCAAAUUCCCAGUCACUUCUGGACGGCAUUCUGCUGCCUUGAUAACAAUAAUAAAACUAUACGCUCAAGUGCAUAUUAUGGAGAAAAAGAUGAGUCUGAAAAAGAAAAGAAUGAGUCUGUAAAAGAAAAGGAUGAGUUUGUAGUGUAUCGGUGGAGUGUGAAGGACAUGGAGACAGAGUUAACACAGCUGUAUAAGAUACAUGUCAAUAACAUCCCUGAUUUCCGCUUCACUUUGUUUGCUGGAAAAUGUUAUACAGAAACUGAACCAAUGGAAAAACAAUUAGUUGAAAAGCCAGCAAAGCGUAAAAAAGGAACCAAAUACUGUAAAUCAAAUAAACGUCGAAAAUUGUAAAGAAAUUUAAAGCAGGAACGAUGUUGAACUAGUGGAAAGUCAGAGUGUUGAAUGGUUUCAGCGUCUGUCCUGUAUGUUUCCCAUUCAGUGGAACAACUUCUACACACAUACACUUAAAAAAAUGAAAACUAAUCAGAAAUCACUCAUGUGUUGAUUGACAUGUUGUUGUACUUUUAAUCAGUUUAUUUCUGUCACUAAAUUGGGAUCAGAUCAUUUAUCAUGAAUCACUGAAUUGCAGUUUGAUUUUCUGCAGAAUUCGACAUCAAUAAAGAGCAUCCAAUUAAA